ACCACAUCCUUUGACUUCAGGACAUAAAGACGAUUGUGAGCACUGAGGGGGGGCUUCAGUGCAUCUUACUAUCACAUCAGAGAGGGAGAAAAGAAGACAUGUCCUGCCUGGGGGCUUUCACUGGUCUCUUCUCCUGCAUGGUCCUCCUCAUCGUCCACUCAAGUGAUGCCUCUGAGAUUAUCAAUGGGAAAGAAGUGAAGCCCCACUCGCUGCCUUAUAUGGCCCUGCUUCAGACAACUGAACCAGACUGUGGAGGGAUACUGAUCGAUAAAUCAUGGGUCCUGACUGCUGCCCACUGUAAAAACAUUGAGACCGUGUGGCUGGGGGUGCACUCCAUCAAGGCAAAUGAAGACAAUUCCAGGCAGGUCAGAAAGGUUAAGAAGCGUGUUCCACAUCCCUGCUAUGAUAACGUUACAAAGGUCAAUGACAUCAUGUUGCUCAAGCUUGGCAAAUCUGUGAAGGAAACCAAGACGGUGAAGUAUUUUAAGUUCGCUGAUGCCAUCAAGGAACCAGCAGCUGGGACCAGCUGCAUGGUGGCAGGAUGGGGCCAAACAAACAACAGAGUUAAGAGCAUGUCUGACGUCUUGAUGUCUGUCAAUGUGACUGUGGUCGACAGAGUGAAGUGCAACUCUGCUGAAUAUUACAACUGUACACCUGUGAUCACCAGUGGCAUGAUAUGUGCCGGUUCAGAUGGGGAAAAUGAAGCUGACUCCUGUGGGGGGGAUUCAGGAGGCCCACUGGUGUGCAGCGGAGGGCUGGUUGGAGUCACUUCUUUCGGAACAGGGUGUGGCCAGAUUGACAAGCCAGGAGUGUACUCGUUUCUCACAGAGGAAAAACUAAAAUGGAUCAAGAAGACAAUGAAGAAGUCUGACAUUUAAUGAGCACCCGCUGUGAUACGAGGGAGAUUUCUGCUUCUGCUGCAAUAAAACAGGCCAAGUUGAUUUAAUUUUGAAAUCUAAACUGGAGAGACACAUGUUUAUCAUGACAGCAAAUCGCCAAAGGGACAUUAUUGAGUCCUUCAACCAGCGAGAUUCACCACUUCCUGUAUCAAGAGCCUAAUUUGAAACUGAGGCUUCAGCUCAAGUCUUGUGGAAAAAAGUGCUGCAAUAAAAAUAAAUUCUUGGCCGUGAUGUUUUAUCUAAUCCAGUGAUUCACAACUGGUGGGUCGUGACCCAAAAGUGGGUUGUGGACCCGUUUUCAGUGAGUCGCGGGCCUUUGCCUGGGCAAAAAAACAUUUAAGAAAAAAUCCUGUGCUUUUACUUUGAAGGUUGUUUUUUUUUACAGUGGGGUGCCGUCUAUUCAAACUCCUUAACAGUAAAUUGUAUUACCUUGUGCCCCUAAGAUGCACUUUUUGGUUUUGAAUAAAAAUGCAGAUAAUUGAGUGUGAAAGGGAUAAGGUAAUCAGAAGAAAAAGCUAAUUUUUUGUACUUGAAUCUUUUUGAAUCAGACUUUUUAUUUAUUUUAUUUUGAGAUUGUGGAUAAAAGCUGCAACUCAAGACACUGACUGUUUUCCAUAGUGCAGUGUAGGUUGUCAUAGAUUCAGUGAGUGAGUUUCUCAGCUGAAGCUUCAUAAUUUGAGUCUUAUUGAAACUACUUCUCAGUAGUUGGACCUUUUUAUUGCAUGUUUGUGCAUGAAAGCGCUAUUGAGUCUUUUAAAACCGGCUGAAGUUAUUGAAUUGUUAUGUAUGUUGUAUUACCUUGUGUCCUUAAGAUGCACUUUUUGGUUUUUAAUUAAAAUGCAGCUAAUUGAGUUUAAAAGGGAAUAUUUCCCUCUCUAGCAUCGCCACCUGCUGGUCGUUUUGGUUUAUCAUUAAACUUGUUUUAUUGUGUUGGCAUACUGUGAUAUUCUGUACUAGCUCAGGUUCAACAUGCACCAUCUCUUCAUUAAAUAGUUUCGAAAAGUG